AUGGCUACUACCGCUGCCAAGUCUGCCACGGCCAAUGGAAAGCCGCGCAAGAAACCAGCACCUUCGACGGAACCAGCUGACGCCCCAAAGUUGCCCAUGGUUUGGGUCACUCAAGGGAUCACUGAUCACGCUGCUUAUAUUUUGCGACAGGCCGAUGAUGGUCGCAAAUUCGUCAAGUGGAUUGCCAGUGGCAUGACACAGUGGGUCGCUGCUGAUGCAAAGGUCCAAAGCGAGUUGCCCAAACGACGGCGAGGACGUCGAGGCAAUCAGGAUCAUGACUUUGUGUUUGAAGAAGACCCCGCCGUGGAUAUCAUUAAGCUACAACCAGAGAAAUCCUUCAGAAAGCCAGCAGAUAAAACGGUCAAAAAGAAGGACAAGAUAGCCAAGAAGAAGAUGCCAGUCAUCAAGAUAAGCAAACAGCCUCAGGGAUAUCCAUUUCAGGCAGCAGGAAGCAUCCAUGAUGGGAUUCAAGAUGUACAAAGCCAAGUUGCAAGCGCAACUGAGGUUGCCACACAAGCCACCCAAGAUCCGACAACGAGUGAAAGCGAAAACAAUCCAUUUUCUACGGAAUUGCAAGGCCAAACCACCCUCGGGGAGACCAAGGUCAUCCUUCAUUCUGAAGCAUUUGAAACGGGGAUCCAAGUUUCCCCAUUUCACGAGGAAUCCGCGAUCUUACUCGAGGGCAAAACCGACUCUACGACCUCUGAACAAGCGGGUGGCAAUGAUCAUGAUGGCAUUACAACGGAACUUGAGCUGCAAGAAAAAGAGCAGACGCAUCGCCCCGACUCCAACGUAGCUACAGCACACCCUUUUCACGGCCACGACAGCGUGGUCUUGUUCCCUGUCAGCCAACAGGAACCAAGCAGCGAAGCCGUGAUAGUAGAAGAAUCCGUUGAUUCAAUACCAAGAGCAAAAUAUCCAUUGGGCACAAAGGUAUACAAGGAGUUCCCUCCCUUUGGGUGGUUCACCGGGAAAGUUGUUUCUUUCGACGGGCACAUCUACAAAGUCACCUACGAAGACGAUGACAGCGAAAAUCUGAUGGAACAAGAUUUGGAUGGCAUCGCCGUAGCUCCAGAUGAUCUGCUUUUCUUACCAUUGGAUAACUCGGACGAUCACGGACAAGAAGGUCAGGAUGUGCUAAUGGGACCGCAACAAUCUGCAGGAGAAGCGACCUCGUCCGUUCCAGGAAAUCUUCUUGCUUUUUCUGUGCAGGGGCCAGCUUUGGGUGGAAAAGUCGCUGUGGAAUCUUUCAUGGAAGAGACUUUGGAAAGUACGACAGAGGGAGGAUCCCAAUCCGCCGCACAACAGCCAGAACAGCGAGAGCCCAAACUGAAGUCGUUAUUGGCGCAAGACUUGUCAUCAAUGCACUCUGACGUCGCAGCUCAGAUGCAAGCUCUCAAGCUAGAUGAGGCGGCGCCAGGGACAGAGUCCAAAUCUGAUCCAAAUCAGUCAUCUAUCCUUGCUCGUAGCAAUGUGGAACAGCAAGCUUUGCUUCGGCAACAAAAAGCCGAGCUACGUUCUCGCCCUCCAAUUCUAUCCAAUUUGAAACCAAAAACAAGCGAGGACACACCAAUGAAGGAGGUGCAUCCAACAAUACCAACAACGACAACAACAGUACCGCCAGCGGCAGUCGCGACAACAAUUAUUAAAGAAGCACCGGCCCAAUCAAGCGGUGGUCAACAGAACCCACCAACAACCAAGCAUAUCAAUGCAAGCAACGUGACUGCUGCUGAAAACGAUGAACACGCCAAGGCACGCAAAACGAUUUCGUUAACGAAACAAAAUCCUGUUCCGGCAGUGCAAGCAUUUUCAAAAGAGACAGAUUCCGUCGGUAAUUCUACUGGUGAAGGAAUGUUGCCUGGAAAGAGUGGACCCACAUUAGGUUCGGAAAUGGUCAAGGAUUCCAAAGACACAAUCCACACUGGAGAGGAGACUGGCAGUACGAAAAACGAAGGGGCCGCACCUGCUCUGGCAGCACCGACACCUGAGAAAAUGAAACCCUCUUCCAUCGAUGUAAAACCCAAAGCCUCUCGUCAAGACGGCAGCAUUGCAAACCUCGAGCGGAAUGUUCCAGCCGAAAACUGUCAAAAGAAGGUCACUGCCACAAAGGUACAGCAGACGAAAGAAGUAUACGAGUUGCCAAGGAGCAAUGCGCCAAAACAGGUUACCGAAAGUAAGCUCUCUGGGACUGCAAAUGAAGAACCUGAGAAGCGUAACCAGGCUAAAACAUGUAGCAAAGCAACCCGCGUAAACACCAAAACCGAAACAAUCAGCGAAGGAAUUCAUCCAAAGGCAUCAUACUCCAACCCUAGCUCGAAAGAGACUAAAGUUACACAAAGAGAACCAAAGGCAUCACCCAACACAACGAUGAUCGAGAAAUCCAAGAAAACAAUGCCGUCCGCCUCGGCUCUUCCUCUCAAGAAUGCGUUCGGCCCCGCCAAAGUCGCUAGAGAAGACAAACCCCACACAUCGGUUCCUACGACGCCAAUAAUAAUUGGAGGAAAAGCGAAGAAUGACAAGUCUCAAAAUCGAAAGAAGCCUGGAGUUGACGAACACAAAUCUUCAGCUCCACAGGAUCGUCAACAACCGACAAUCUCAACGACUAGAGCAAAGGAGGACAAACAGGCCAAAGUGACAGCCUCGCAAUCAAUGGCAGACAUAAAACUCAGCGUCAGACAACCGCAGCCACGCCCGGAAAAAGUGGCAAACGGCCUGCCUCUCCCCAGAUCGCAACAUGUGCAAGUAUCGGCUUUGGCGCCGCCUCUGCUACAGUGCUCUGCACCGACGAAGAAAGGAAAGCCGCACAUGAACAAGGAACCAUCCAUAAUACGAAAGAGUCCCGAUAACGUGAUGGAAACACACGAUGACGCCGCGAUACAAGGGGACAAACUCAUCGUCGUCGGCUCAAAACACAGCGACCCAGCAACCGCCCGAAGACACCUGAAGCUGGGCCUGGAUCCUGAUAGAACUACAAUCCGCGCAGAAAAGCAAGUCUUGGCUGGGGAUGCAAAUCAGAUCACUGGAGGGACUGAGGGGCAACAACAGACGCAUACUGUUUGUCGAAUGGUGGUGGCGGGACAGCUAUCCGCAGGGGAGAACAAGUCGUUGACCUUGAAAUCAUCAGCACUUGGUCAACUGACAGAAAACGAAAGCCCAAGAGUUGACCAAGCUUCGACCGUGUCAGAGGUUAUGGUGAUUGUGACCAAUGAUGAGACGAAGAAAACUCAAAGAAGUGACCCCGUAGUUGACCAAGCUCCAAGCAAGACAGAGGAUAGGACAAAGGAGACAAAUAAAAAUGAGACGGAAAAGAAGCCAACAAGUGACCCUGAAGCGGUCCAACCGCCAACCAAGCCAGAGGAUGCAGCGAAAGAGACAGACAGAACGGAGAAAAAGCGAACGAGUGACCCAAAUGUUGACCAGGGUCCCAUGGUUGACCAAACUCCUCCCAUGUCAGAGCAUGUGGCAAAGGAGACAGGUGACAACAACAAAAAGCCAACUAGCAACCCAAAAGUUGACCAAGGUCCCACCAGGUCUGAAGAUACAACAAAGCCGGCAAAUGCGACAAGUAAGACAAACGAAACAGAGAAGCAGCAAACAAGUGACACAAAAGUUGAGCAAGGUCCGACCAGGUCAGAAGAUGCAGCAAAGCUGGCAAAUGAGACAAAUGAAACAGAGACGCAGCAAACAAGUGAUACCAAAGUUGAGCAAGGCCCGACCAGGUCGGAAGAUACAACAAAGCUGGCAAAUGAGACAAAUAAGGCAAAUGAAACAGAGAAGCAGCAAACAAGUUACACCAAAGUUGAGCAAGGCACAACCAGGUCAGAGGAUGCAACAAACGAGACAAAUGCGACGGAAAAGAAGCCAGCAAGCGACGCCGCUGAGGUUCAAACGGUCGAUUUGGCGAACUCAGAGCCAAAGAUUGGCCCCGCAGAGGCACCGGAAGGGCCAAAGACUGGCGGUUGCGCAGAAGCACCAGAAGCACCAGAAGAGCCUCAAAUUGAAGUCGCGGUAGAAGCACCAGAAGAGCCUCAGAUUGACGUCGCGGUAGAAUUACCAGAAGAGCCUCAGAUUGACGUCGCGGUAGAAGCACCAGAAGAGAGCCCAGCCGAAAUUCAGAAAUGUGACGAACAACCGCCGCAACUCGAAAUAUCUAUACGCGAAGCGACGCCGAAACCAGAGGAAUCGAAGGAGGAUGCGAGUCUAGCAGAGGACGCUGAGGAUUGCAUCACAGCGCGGCCCGACGCAAUCAAUGUAGAGACUUGCGUCGACGUGAGAGAUUUGACUAGUGAGGAAGCGACACCAGCAAUCGCAGGUGACUACCAUGAAAGCGUCGCCGAUGAUGAUGUAGAAGAGAUUAGAAUAAAUGCAUACGGAAAUCCGGAUAUCAACGACAACGAAGACGAUGGGGAUGAUUCGGUGGCCAUCGAAAUCGACUUGACAUCAUCCAUGUACAGUGAUCCAGAUGCAUAUCAAGAGCCAACUGAAACUGAAGAGAACAAGGAGACCAUUGGGGAGGACGAGAAAAGGCAAAGCGACUCCGAUGUGGCAUCGGUUGUUUCUGACAACAUUGAAGAGGCGAAGGCCUUGCAACAGUCCAGUAGCCAAUCAACGACCACAGCGACCCACCCCGAUUCCUCUGCACCAGUCGAGAAUAUUGAUUUGACUUCGGGCUCAAAACGUGCGCCGCCCUCUGGAUCGAUCGUUUUGGAUGAAAAAGCAGCAAAGCGAAAGAAAACGAAUGGAGCAGACAAGAAACCACCGCCAAAACCAAUUGAAGUCAAGGCCAAAGCACCAGCAAAGAAGCGACCUCCUACGGCAGCCACACAAAAGUAUCCGGAUGAGCCAGUUCGAAAAUCGCGUCGGAUCGCUAGGAGAAAGGAGGACAUGAAAGGAAAAGACGAAGAGGACAGCGAAUGGGUGCACCCCAAGACGUCACCAAAAGUAAAAAUACCCACGAAGGCCAAAGAAGCACCCGCACCCCCGAAGGACGAAAAACCUAAACCAACUGUCACUUUCGAUAUUCCCGACGACGAGAAACCGGUCAAUGAAUCCGCAGUGGCAAAUCCAAAACCGAGCGCGGAAGUAGAAGUUGGAGCGGACGAAGACGAGCAGAGCGAGGAUGAAUCAUCUCAGGAGAAGCCUGUGAAGAAGGUCGUCUUCCUUGACUUGACGGAGGAAGGAGCCUCGGGCACGACGUUGGCCGAUUUCAAGUCGUCAAAAACGCGCUCCCAGCCUAAAGAAGCCGUGGCUGCAACAAGAGAUUCCGAACCGGGCAGUAGCAGUAGCAGUACGUGCGAAGACCUGCUUCUGCUUGCGGAAGCCAUGGUCACCAUGAGCACCACAAAGCCAACUUGGAAACCGCCACCACAGGCAGCUGAAAGUAUACAAAGACCACCCCCACCCCCGCCAAAACCUGUGCGAGUUUUCCCUGAAGAAACAUGCUGCCCAGUGUGCCACGAGCACAUCAAAGAACUCGACAAAACUCCAGUAGAUUGGUCGAGGCCCUUGCAAUAUCCCACUCACGCGGCUACAAUCGAUGCAAUCAAGGCACAUACCGACCAACACCACAAGGCUGUUCCUGUAUGGAAUGUGCUUGAGGCAACGCUUGGAUUGAGACUUCCAACUUCAGCUGCUACAGGGUCGAAUGGACAGCCAAGCAACAACAAAGUGCUUACUCCAACCUCCUACGUUAAACUUGCAUUGCGCCACGCCGUCUGUUGCAGCUACUACGUUGAUGAUAGUCUGAAGGACAUGCAGAGGCUCCGUGAUGUGUUUGUGCGGCGGUUGGGUAUUGCUCGUGGCUUUAUUCAAUGGAGUUCUGACUACUUCCUGCGAGACCACACGUGUAAGAACUGCUCGGGGAACACUGUGUCGAGUGCUGAACUCCGACGGUCGUCACUGCUGCUCUUGGCUUACCUAGAGGAGCACAUUCUGGAGUAUGCCUUUGAGACAAAGUUUGAGGUUACUCGGGGCCUUUCUCGCGAUAUGCCCAUGGUCCAGUGGAGAAAUACAGUGCAAAACGUGCUCCUGCACCCGAAUGGAAUCGAAUCAUCUUGGUUCAUCAAGCCUUCCGCAUACAACGAAUUCCUCCAGCACUCUCAUUACAGUGCACAUCGAUGA